CCCGUCACUUCCGGGCGCGGCGCUGGCGGUUGCGGCUGAGCCGGGGAGCUCUGCUGCGCGGGGUCCGGCGCGGCGGGCGGGCGGCGGGCGCCAUGAACUUCUCCGAGGUGUUCAAGCUCUCCAGCCAGCUGUGCAAGUUCUCCCCGGACGGCAAGUACCUGGCCUCCUGCGUGCAGUACCGCCUGGUGGUCCGGGACGCGAGCAGCCUCCAGAUCCUGCAGCUGUACACCUGCGUGGACCAGAUCCAGCACGUGGAGUGGUCGGCCGACUCCCUGUUCCUCCUGUGCGCCAUGUACAAGCGGGGGCUGGUGCAGGUGUGGUCCCUGGAGCAGCCCGAGUGGCACUGCCGGAUCGACGAGGGCUCCGCGGGGCUGGUGGCUUCCUGCUGGAGCCCAGACGGGCGCCACGUCCUCAACACCACCGAGUUCCACCUGCGGAUGACGGUCUGGUCCCUGUGCACGAAGUCCGUCUCCUACAUCAAGUACCCCAAGGCCUGUCAGCAGGGAGUCAGCUUCUCCCGGGACGGCCGCUACCUGGCCUUGGCCGAGAGGCGGGACUGCAAGGACUACGUCAGCAUCUUCGUCUGCAGCGACUGGCAGCUGCUGCGGCACUUCGACACGGGCACCCAGGACCUGGCCGGCAUCGAGUGGGCCCCCAACGGCUGCGUGCUGGCGGUGUGGGACACCUGUUUGGAGUACAAGGUCCUGCUCUACUCGCUGGACGGCCGGCUGCUGGCGGCCUACUGCGCGUACGAGUGGUCCCUGGGCGUCAAGGCGGCCGCCUGGAGCCCCAGCAGCCAGUUCCUGGCCGUCGGCAGCUACGACGGGAAGGUGCGCGUCCUCAAUCACGUGACCUGGAAGGUGCUGGCGGAGCUCGGGCACCCCGCCGCCGUCAGCGACUCCAGAGUAGUGGUGUACAAGGAAGCCGAGAAGAGCCCGCGGGGGUCCCUGGGCCGCCCCGCCUGCCCCCCCCACAGGGCCGCUGAGAGCAGAUAUGAGGUCGCCGAGGUGCCGGUGUCCCUGCAGACCCUGAAGCCCGCCGCAGACAGAGCGAACCCCAAGAUCGGCAUCGGCGCGCUGGCCUUCAGUGCCGACAGCUGCUUCCUGGCCACGAGGAACGACAACGUCCCCAACGCCGUGUGGGUGUGGGACGUGCGGAAGCUGAGGCUGUUCGUGGUGCUGGAGCAGCUGGGCCCCGUGCGCGCCUUCCAGUGGGACCCGCAGCAGCCCCGCCUGGCCGUCUGCACGGGCGGCAGCAAGGUGUACCUGUGGUCGCCCGCGGGCUGCGUGUCCGUGCAGGUGCCCGGGGAAGGCGACUUCCAGGUGCUCUCUCUGUGCUGGCACUCAAACGGGGACUCGCUGGCCCUCCUCGGCAAGGACCACUUCUGCCUGUGCUUCCUGGAGACGGAGGACGGGGGCGGCAGCGCCCUCGGGCCGCCGGGCAGCCUCACGUAGGGCCGAGCUCGGGCAGCCCGGCAGGUGGGGGGGCCUGGGCGGGCCAGCAGGGAGCCAGCCUCUCCAGGCCGCUCUCCAACCGCUGUGGUGCACAGGAGGGGGCUUGCUUUUAUUUUUCUAUAGCGAGGCAUUCUUGUAAAUAUGUAUGGUCUGAAACUGUCAUUUUUGUUAUUUAAAUAUUUGUUAAUUCGUUAAAAGGCUGAUGCUGGUUUUCUUGAAA